AUGAUCGAUAAUCUAAAAUACAAUCUAGAACAGGCUCAAAAGGCAAAGCAAGAUAAAACGCAUGGAUUUGCGUAUGCCAUUCAAUCCAAUGGUACCUUGAUGGGAGAUGAGUCUCAUGCCAAGCGAAAGCGACAGCGAGGUGCCUCUUCUUGCUUUGCAUUCAUGAGUCCCCAAGACAUUGCGGCCCUCCCUCGUAGUAGUGGUAGCAAUCGGAAUUCAAAUGCUCCCUUGCUGCAUCUCCCUCCUCACAACUGUUUGGCCACCAUUCAGCAAUUGAUGCAACAAGCCUCACUCGAGCAUCAAAAACAGACCAGGCUACCAGCCAUGCCCAAAACACCAUUGAUUAACACAGCUCCAAAGCAACAACAACAACAGCAACAACAACAGCAGCAACAGAGUAAUCCGUUUCCAAACACGACGUCACAACCUCCACCGCAAAUCCAAUCCAUGCAACCUCAACCACAGUCAAGCAAUUCGGCUGUGAACAAUCCCUACAACAUUUCCUCCUCCAAGUUUGGUGACAUUUCACAGCAGCCUCGAAAGGAAAAUCAGCAUCCCAAUCAGACAACUAACAAUCCAUAUUCCAAUAGUAGUACGGUGGCAAGCGUCAACAAUCGCAAUGCAACUACUGACAACAGCCACAAAAAUGCCGCCACCAUUGUCAUUGAAAAUAAUGAUGAGGAGGAUGAAUUUAUGGACGACUUUGAUGACGUCCUGGCCAAUUUAGAUGUGGACGAGGUGGUGCGUGGACGCAGCAGCAUGGAAUCGUCGUCGAUGCACAAUGUUGUCGGCAGCAAUAUUGGUAGCUUUGAUUACGGCGGCAAUGACAAUAGUAAUAGUGGAUGGAUUGGUGGUGGUGGUGGUGGUGAAAGGACGAGUAGUAGCAGCAGCAACAACAACCAUGCUGCUGUUGGAUUCCAAAAUAAUAACAGCAAGAGCCGCCAACCAAGGAACUCGUUUGGCAACGACGGUCCUGUCCCAUUGAACGCCAAUCAGUAUGACAACAACAACAACAACAACUUCAUCAACUAUGGAGAUUCUAACUAUGCAGGCAGCAAUGACUAUCACAAUGACUAUGCUGCUUCUACGAGCAAUGAUGCUGGUUUCCAAAACACCAACAACAAUCAUAGCAAUCAUGCCAUGAUGCAAGCACCCGACAGCAAUGCCCCACUCUGUCCCGAACACAAUUUGCCCUGCCGAUUGCUCACGGCCAAAUCAGCUUCCAACAUGGGACGAGAUUUUUACAAGUGCAGUCUAGCAGAACCAGAACAACAGUGCGACUUUUUUCAAUGGGCCGAUGGUAUGGAAGGCAAUUGGAAUGAGGAAAGUCCGGUUGCUAUUUCUGGAGCAGGAGGAGGAAAUACCAAGGACAUGUACCAAGAAAAUCAACGCAUCUUUGGUCAUCGCUCCUUUCGGCCGGGACAAAAGGAGGUCAUUGAAAAGGCAAUUCAAGGACGAGAUGCCUUUGUCCUCAUGCCAACGGGUGGAGGCAAGUCACUCUGCUACCAGUUGCCAGCCUGGUGCUGUCCCGGUUUGGCCGUGGUGAUUUCUCCCUUGUUGAGUCUCAUUCAAGAUCAAGUACAAUCCAUGAUCAAGGUGGGAGUCCAAUCCGUCUUUUUGAGUUCCAAACAAGACUUCCAGACGGAACAACGAGAAAUUAAUGCACGACUGGAAAACAUGACGGCUCACGAUGGCAUCAAGAUUUUGUAUCUGACACCGGAAAAGCUGAGUCAUUCCAAUCAUAUGAGACGCAUCCUCAAGGGAAUCUACCAAAAAGGACUCCUCAGUCGAUUUGUGGUCGACGAAGCCCAUUGUCUCAGUGAUUGGGGACAUGACUUUCGACCCGAUUACAACAACUUGGGUUCCUUGCGCCGAGAUUUCCCCAACACGCCCCUCAUGGCACUGACGGCGACGGCCAAUGAAAAGGUCGUCAACGAUGCCAUUCGAGCCUUGGGAAUGCGGAAUCAUCAUUUGUAUCGAUCAUCCUUCAAUCGCAAGAAUUUGCACUAUCAGGUCCGCAAGAAGGAUGGCAAGGUUGUGAGUAACAUUGCCGACUACAUUGCCAGUCGACCCAAGGACUCUGGGGUGGUCUAUUGUUUGAGUCGCAAGAAUUGCGAGGACGUCUCACAAAAGUUGCAAAAGAUCUUGCGGGAAAAGGGACAUCGGAACAUCCAAGUAUCCUUUUAUCAUGCCGAAGUGGACCAGGCAGAACGUGAUCGGCGUCAUCAUGCUUGGAGUAUUGGUCAGAUUAGUGUGCUAUGUGCUACAAUUGCAUUUGGAAUGGGAAUUGAUAAACCAGAUGUGCGAUACGUCAUUCACUAUUCCAUGCCAAAGUCCAUUACACACUACUACCAAGAGAGUGGACGAGCUGGCCGUGAUGGUGACCGAGCAGAUUGCAUCUUAUUCUACCACUACAAGGACAAGAAGACAUUGGAGAGUAUGAUUCGAAAGUCGUCAAACAAUCCAAACAGCGUGAGUACUCGUCGGAAAAUUGAUCAACUGUAUACCUGUGUCCGCUAUUGCGAGGAUGAGUUUCGUUGCCGCCGAACCAUGCAAUUGGAGUUUUUCGGGGAAAACUUUGAUCGUCGCAAAUGCAAUGGAACUUGUGACAAUUGCGAAAAUGGCAAAGUGGCGGACAAACGGGAUAUGACCAAGGUUGCCCAAGAUUUGAUUCAAGUUCUGACGCAAGCGCAGAGCAAUCGAAAAUUUGGAGGGAGUAAUGUCACCAUGAAUCAAGUUGUGGAUCUCUAUCGGGGUGCGAAGAGCAAAACCGUAAUGGAAGGGUUUGUGACCAGAAACAUCCAAGGCUACGGAUCUGGUUCGAGCAUGAAGAAACACGAACUUGAUAGAAUCACGCACGCAAUGAUAUUCGAACGCCUUUUCGUUGAGGAAUCAAGUGAAACGAACGUUGGAUUCCUUGCUGACUACCUUCAACUGGGCGAGAAUGCUCAAGUCGUUCUACAAGGAGGCAGAAAGUUCUUUGUGGAGUUUCCAAGUGCCACAAAGGCAAGGAAGAAAGCUGCUCCCAAACCUCCUGCCGCCAAGAAGCAGCCAAAGAAAAAUAAAGCGGCUGCAACGACCUCCAAAGGCAAGCGGAAAAGUUCCAUCUCAAGUGGAUCUCCAAGUGCCACAACUUCUGACGGUCUGAAGUUUGUCGAAGUUGCCGAUUCCGAUGACGAAGAAAUACUUGCGACAUCCCCACCAUUUUCUACAUUCCGUGCCGAGUCUCAACAAGACGUUCUCACCACCGACCAAACAACGGAGCUCAAUGGAUUCAUCAAGAAAAUCAUCAAUCUUUGGGCGCAAGAGGAACAAGCAAUGGGGAACAAUAUCCACUAUUGGAAUAUUCUUUCAAAUGAUGUUGUAAAGAGUGUUGCGUCGUACUGUCCUACGUCCGAGGAGGAGCUGAUAACUCUCGGAGUUCUUGGAGAAGCCAAGCGCAAGGAAUAUGGUGAGAGAUUGAUUCAAGCCAUUCAGAGAUUCCUCACAAUGAAAGAAAUCUCAGUGGAGCACAUCAGAAGCCAACGGCCAGUGAAGCGAGCUAAAUUGGGAACAAAAGAGAGUAACAAGCCUUCAGCACCAAAGAAUCAAAGCAAUGAAGUCAUCAUGAUUGACGACCAAGACGACGAAUUUGAUGAAUUUGAUACUGGGAUUGACUUCACUGCCAUUGAUAUUCCAGAUGCUGCCACUGCCUCGUCGAUUCCUGACAAGAAGUCCCCUUUUUUUUGA